AUGUCAAGAGUUGGAGUAUUAGCAUUGGGACCUGCAGGUGUGGGAAAGUCCACUUUCUGUAAUUCUAUUAUCACACAUAUGCAAUCCAUAGGUCGUAGAGCACAUAUUGUUAAUUUGGAUCCAGCAGCUGAGCCAUCAGAAUAUGAAUUUACUAUUGACAUAAGAGAUUUAAUUUCUUUACAAGACGUGAUGGAAGAAAUGGAUUUAGGGCCAAAUGGAGCGUUGAUUUACUGCUUUGAGUUUUUGAUGAAUAAUUUAGAUUGGUUGGAUGAAGAAAUUGGAGAUUUUAACGACGAAUACUUAAUUUUUGAUUGUCCUGGACAAAUUGAAUUAUAUACACAUAUACCUGUGUUGCCGACUAUAGUAAGACACUUGCAAACACUGCUUAAUUUUAACUUAUGUGCUACGUAUUUACUAGAAGCUCCGUUUGUCAUAGAUAGAUCAAAAUUUUUUUCAGGUGCGUUAAGUGCUAUGUCAGCCAUGAUUUUGCUUGAAUUACCACAUAUCAACAUAUUGUCGAAGAUUGAUUUGAUCAAAAAUGAAGUCUCCAAGAAGGAAUUGAAAAAGUUCUUAAACCCUGAUCCUUUAUUGCUAAAUGCUAGUCUGGACAAUGAGUCAAACCCAAAAUUUGCAAAAUUGAACAAAGCUAUUGCUAAUCUAGUUGAUGACUUUGGUAUGGUUCAAUUCUUACCUUUAGAUUGUAACAAAGAUAGUGAUUCUGUGGCGACUAUUUUGAGCUACAUAGAUGAUGUUACCCAGUGGUCAGAAAGUCAGGAACCUAAAGAACCGGUAGAAGAAAUCGAAGAAGAAGUUGACUUUGAAUAG